ACGCAGGGAGGGAGAGAACGAGCGAGUCUGAGAGGGUGUGUGUGUGUGUGUGAGUGUGUGAGAGUGUGGUUUUUUUCUAGCACUGCAGCAUCAGAACACACAGGCCACCAUCAAUUUUUUAGAGAAGAAGAAGCUCAAGACCUCACCUCAAGAAAGAGAGGGAAAAUAUCAAAUAAGGAAGGAAGGUUCCCCUCGAUUCUGUGUAGGAUAAGUGGAUGGACAGAAAAGUGUAGGCAGUUGGAAGACAGCAGGAGGCGUGGACCUUCAAAAGAGAGAGAGCGUGAGAGAGAAAGGGAGAAAGAAAUACAGAGCCGGCGAAGAAGAAGGACGCUGAGAGAAGCUGGGGAGAUAAACUGCACUGGUGAAGCAGAAGGAGCACGGAGAGUGACGAGGUGUUGAUUGUUGUGUGCUGUUUAGAGGUUAUCCUCACAGCGUGUUUGAGCCUGGGAGCAGGUGCAGCUUUGAUGGAACAUUGAGCAAUGCCUACCACGCUACUACAGCAGGCUGGCAGCAGGGGGCGCCACCUAAAUCACCCGCUCCCACUCCUCUGUGCCCUUUUCCUUCUGGUGCUCGCUCCUAUGCCAGGACACACUGCUAUACAUAUUGCAGAAAACUACCGCAUGAAAGAACUAAAGAUGCCCCCACAGAUAACUAUCCAACCUGAAUCCCUCAUCGUCUUCUCCUCUGAUGACAUCAUGCUCAAGUGUGAGGCAACUGGGAAUCCCCCUCCCACAUAUCGAUGGCUUAAAGACGGAGUGGAAUUUGACCCAGCCAGCAUUUCUGGUGUCAUUACAUCUCACGAUUUAGGGAGUAUUACAGUUAAAGAUGCCCCCAUUCACCAGUUUCAAGGCAACUACACCUGCCUGGUCUCCAACGAGCUGGGGACGGCUGUGUCCAACGAGGUCCACAUCAUCACCGAAGAUACUCCUACAAUGCAGCGAGAGAAGAAGGAGGAGAAGAAGGUAGAAGAAGGAAGUCCUGCUAUCUUACACUGCAACCCUCCACAAAGCUCUGCGACUCCUUUGAUCCACUGGAUGGAUAAGAGACUUCGGCACAUCCAGCAGAGCGAGCGUGUGACUCAGGGCCGUGAUGGAAACCUCUACUUCUCUCACGUGACCCUUGAAGACAACAGAAGUGAUUACACUUGCAACGUGCAGUUUCUGGGAGCCCGCAUCAUUGUAGCCAAAGAACCCAUUACCCUGAAGGUCACACCAUCUAACUUACUGCGAAACAGACGGCCGCAGAUGAUGAGACCAACCGGCACACACAGCUCUUAUCUGGUCCUGAAGGGCCAAACACUGGAACUGGAGUGUAUCGUCCAAGGCCUCCCCACCCCGUCCAUCCAGUGGGUGAGGAAGGACGGAGCUCUGUCCGAGUCUCGUACUUCCAGAGAGAAUUUCGACCGGGUGCUGAGUUUCACCAACAUCUCAGAGCGGGAUGAUGGAGAGUACCAAUGCACAGCCAACAACUCUCAAGGCACCGUCACACACACUUAUACCGUCUCUGUUGAAGCUGCUCCGUACUGGAUUAAGGAACCCAAGAGCGAACUGUACGCUCCAGGAGAGUCGGUCAUGUUGGACUGCCAGGCAGACGGGAUCCCAUCUCCACAGAUCACCUGGAGUAUCAAUGGAACUCUUCUCUCAGAAAUACCCCCAGACUCACAUCGUACUGUGAACGGAGGGGUUCUCAGACUGCAGACCGUGAAGCUCAGUGACACUGCAGUGUACCAGUGCAAGGCGUCUAACAAACACGGCACCAUCCUCCUCAACAUCCACGUCGUCAUCAUCGAGCUUCCUCCACAGAUCCUGACGGAGGACUCAUUGCUGUACAGAGUGACGGAAGGAAAGACGGCCAGGUUGCAGUGCGUGACCUUUGGUUCGCCUCGCCCAAAAAUCGCAUGGGAGGAUGAAACCUGGGAACCUGUGAUGUCUAACCCCAGGAUGAAUCAGCUAGGUAAUGGUACUCUGGAGAUCAGUAAUGUAUUCCACAAUGACACAGGCCUGUACACCUGUUCAGUGGUUGGACACAAACUCUCCAUCACUGCCGAGCUGGAAGUCCUCAACCGGACAGUGAUCGUGAAUCCACCACUGAACCUGUAUGUUCAGAAGGGGAAAACGGCCACCUUCACCUGUCAGUACGAGAUGGACAGCAAUCUUGGUCCACCUCAAAUCCUGUGGAGGAAGACCAAGAAGAAGCUUGAUGAAUCGUCUGAUAUAGACAAGUACAUAAUCGAUGAGACAGAGCUCAUAAUAAAUGAUGUUCAGGAUGAAGAUGAAGGUGUUUAUGGUUGUGAGGUCAUAUCAAGUCUGGACAUGGCUGAAGCUAGCGGCAGUCUCACAGUUGUUGACCGACCAGACCCUCCUUCCAUGCUGCAGAUUGAGCAUAAAGCUCACUCAGUUGAGCUGUCAUGGGUUCCUGGAGAUAACCACAAAAGCCCUAUUCUAGAGUAUGUGGUGGAAGCUGAAGAAGAGUAUGUGGUGGAGGCUAAAGAGGCUAAAGAAGAGUAUGUGGUGAAGGCUGAAGAGACUGACACAGAUGAUUGGGAGGAAAUUAUGCGGGUCUCUGGAGACACCAGGCGCACCACACUGCCACUGAAACCCUACCUCUCGUAUCGCUUCCGGGUCAUCGCCAUCAAUAGGAUCGGCAAGAGUAACCCCAGCCUGCCUUCUGCACCGCACUCCACUCCUGCAGAUCGACCGAGCAGUAACCCUGAAGAAGUGCGCAGCGAGUCGCUUGACCCAGACACACUUGUGAUCACAUGGAAGGAGAUGGACAGAAGGAACUUUAAUGGCCCGGGUUUCACCUACAAAGUGAUGUGGAGGAAGGUUGUAGGCAGUGGACCAACUUGGCACUCUGACCAAACCACGUCACCUCCCUUUGUUGUCACAAAUGUGGGCGAUUUCACUGCGUUUGACAUUAAGGUGCAAGCUGUUAAUGAGCUGGGAGAGGGUCCAGAGCCCAAGUCUACUAUCGGCUACCCUGGAGAGGAUUAUCCCAGUGAGGCUCCUAUGAAUAUAGGAUUGAUUCUGCACAACAGCAAUACCAUCGAGGUAAAGUGGGGCCCAGUGAACAGAGAGUAUGUGAGGGGACAUCUAAAGGGAUACAAGAUCCGUCUGGCAUACUACGGCUCAUGCAGUAAACACCAUCACCAAAAGUGCAACAGUGAGGAAGGUGUGCCACUCAAUGAGUCUGUAGUGACAACAGGAUCUGAUGAAAACAGUAAGAAACUGGAAGGCCUGCAGCCGUAUUCCUCGUAUUCUCUCACUGUUAGCGUCUUUAACGGCAAAGGAGACGGACCAGAGUCAGAAGCUCGGACCUUCCAGACGUCUGAGGGAGUUCCUGGUCCUCCCAAUUCUUUGAUAUUGUCCAGUCCCUCUGAGACGGAGAUCACGCUCCACUGGACUCCACCUUUACAAGAAAAUGGAAUUCUUAUUGGAUACCUAAUACACUACCAAGAACUACACAAUGUGGAAAGUCCCAUGCAGGUGGUGAAGAUUGAUGACCCCACAGUUCAUCACCUGACCAUUAAAGAUCUGGACCGCAACAGCCAUUACCGUUUCUACCUGCGGGGGCGCACUGGAACUGGAGAAGGCCAGCCUAUCAUCAAAGUAGGACAGACUACUCUCGAUGGAGCUCCACCUCAGAACAUUACACUGUCUGCUGGAGAGACGACAGUUAACAUAACCUGGGUUGUUCCUAAGAGACAAAGGAACAUUGGUUUCCAUAUCCUCUACCAGAGGAAGAACGACCGUGGAGGAUGGAUACAGUCAGAGAAAGUGAACACGUCUCAGUCAUUUUACACCCUGCAGGGCCUCCAGCCUGGAUCUUAUUACCACCUGCGCUUCGUCUACAACAACAACAACUUCUCUGUAACCGACAUAGAGACAGAAGGAACAGCAGUGACAGACAAGCAGAGUAGCGUUGUGACUGAAGGCUGGUUUAUUGGACUCAUCAGCGCCCUCGUGCUGUUGCUGCUGAUUCUGCUCAUUCUCUGCUUCAUCAAACGUGGUAAAGGAGGAAAGUACUCAGUGAAAGACAAGGAGGAGGGUCAGGUGGAUUCGGAGUCUCGGCCGAUGAAGGAUGAGACGUUUGGGGAGUACAGAUCACUAGAGAGUGACAACGAGGAGAAGCGCACGGCCAGUCAGCCGUCUCUGUGUGAGGACAGCAAGCUGUGUAGCGAUGACGGCCUGGACGAAUACGGCAACAGCCACAGCGUUCACACCAAGGUGACCAUGGACGAGUCUCUGGCCAGUCAGUACAGCGGAGGCAGAGACAUGUCGGAGAUCGAGAGGCAUGACAGCUCGCCCCUCAAACCUGCCGCUACCAACCACGGCCUGCCCAACUCUGCUGCUGACCUGGAUUAGUGUUGCUGCUAGUGUGAGCAGCAGAAUCAAACCAGGACUCACACAACUCGGAUCUGAACGACUGACCAAACAAUCUCUAUUAUACACAGUGCAAUGUCAAUGUGUACCCUGAAGCAAAUGCCAAGUUAAUAACACCAGACACAAACAGAAUGCUGCGACUGACUUUAGACCGAAUCAGACCAACUCUCACCUCUGGUAGAGGCAGAAGGGAGGAAUUCUUAACAAUCGACUAGACCACCCUUAUGUGUAGGGACUGCCAUGUUUGCAAACUGUUUACACCUAAAAUCUCUGUUCUCUUGUAAUAUAUCUUUUUAGAGUAGACUGCAACACGCGUCCCAGUUUCCUGCUUGAUAGAAUGACUUCUUAUACAGAAUAGACUUUAAAGGAAAAAUCCACCGUGAACAACUUACCUAUUGAUCUUCAUAAAUCUGUCGCAUCCAAGAUUCAUUUUGUAAUAAAAUCUAUCGAGACAUUUUAGUUUCAUCGAACACGUUGCUCUAUUUUUACGUAAAACUUUCCUACAUUACCCAUAAUGCCUUUGAUAUUGGCACCACUGGGAUUUAACCCUUGCUUCCUCUCUAAAUCGACAACGAUGCUUUAGUCUUUAGUCUGUCUAGCUGUCUCACCUCAUCAUAUUUACACUCUGCUCAAAUCAAUCAGCUUCCAAAACAUUAACUUUAAGGAUAAUAUACCAGCAACAGCAUUGUGCUCGUCAUCUUGUAGCUCGCUAUCCAACUCCGUGCAAAUAUCGAGCUAUUCCUGAACAUUAUCUCUUAGGUUUGAAAUUGUUUUCCGCUAUUAAACCAAUUAAAGCAAUUCUAACUGUACUAUCACCCUGUGACGUUAAAGCAGCACACAGCCUCUCUCUGAAAUACAGCACUAACCAAAACAUCACCAACUGAUUCAGUAAUCAGAAACAUUUCAAUACACAUUAAAGGUGGUUCAGGGUCGAGUUUUCCUUUAAUGAUGACGAUUUAUCGCCAAGUGACGCAUUAGAUUUAACAUGACAAGGACACACAUAUAGACGCCGCAUGGUUAAUGCCAAAUACAGAGCAGUGAGAGCAGCAGAGAAUGAGAAACGCAGGGAGAUUGAGGGCCUUAAAAUCCUGUUAAGUGCAUCAUGCAAGCAUAUGUCUGACAUUGCAUAUGGAUUGCACUGAUGUAGUUCAUUAUUAUAACUAUAUCUAUAUCUAUAUAUAAAUAGUUAUGUCAUCUACCAUUUCAUUGUCUUGCGUCAUCGUUUGAAAUCUAUGCAUUUUUUUAAUUGAUUUUAAUUUGAUUUUUUAUUUUUUUUACAACCUUCACCAUUUAAAUUUUUUCUCGUGUACGGUUUUUAUCAUGGAUUUUGCAUCCUUCUAUAAAAUACGCAUCCGCGACUCCAUAGCCAAGCUGCCGGUACUUAGAAUUAUAUCCCGAUGCAACGAUCCGCUGAUAUGAGGUGCUUUAUAUCAGGCUUUAUGUAGUCACAUCUAGCAGUUAUCCAUGUCCAGUAUUAUAAAGCUGUCAUCUCACACACAACCCUGAACUGUUCCACCGCCGUUUGUCAGCUCUAACCUUCUCAUUUGUGUGUAGCUCCUUAUACGUGUGUGUCGCUUCGUAUUGUAGUCUGCAUAGCGUAUUUAAUGAUGAAUACUGACAAAUCCUCUCUCGCAGUCCUGUGUGUAUAAAGCCAUAUGAAUACACUUGAGGUGUAAUCGGGUAUGAGGUAGUAUUGAGGUUGAUGGGGUUGUGAGAGAGCACAUCACACAUACACACACACACUAAUUUCAGCUUGGUUAAAACAAUCAUGUGUAAUUAACCCGGUUCGUGUCUUACACAGAGAAUGUAUGCUUUGUUGGGGUUGGGAUUUCGAUUCCUUUCCUGUAUACCAAAUAGCAUUUGUUCCUGGUUUGAUGUGUGUGCUGUCUUUAAGUUUGGAUAAGCAGUGUUACUUGAAAAAAAUAAAAAAAUUAAAAAAUAAACGUGAACAACGUGAGAAGCCCGUUGAAAAAGUUUGUCGAAAAAAAAAUGAGAUGAAACUAAAGAGGGGGAAAAGAGCUCUCGAAAAUUUCCAAAUCUCGAAAUUUAUUUGAAUGUAAAUAAUUCCCAAAAUGAUUGUUUUGCUAUGGCCUCUAUUUGUAACCGUGGCUUGUUGAUUACCAUGGGUUUGGGGGUUGUUAAUCUUUUACUUCUUAACCUUUGACCUUUUGUCUAGUUAGCUGUGAGAUAACUGUUCUAGUUAAGUAGAGAAGUUUUUUUUUGAAAACAUAAAAAGUUAAAAGUCCAGAAAAUAAAGCUGUCCUUUCAUAUUGAGAUAAAAAUCCAAAACCCGUUUUUUUUUUUAAGAAAAAGUCAAAGAAAAAUUCACCGGCCAUUCACCAAAACACGGUUGGUUUCCUCAGAGAAUUCUUUUCCUGUUCUGUUUGCUUACGAGUUGCAGUAUUGUGUGUAUCUGUUGCAAAGCAAUUCCUGCGCAAGCACUAUGAGAAAGCAGAGAUACUCGAGUCUUGUUUGUAUCCUGCACACACACUCACACACGCAGGCAGAAUUUUCAAUGUGCUGAAUGAAGCUCAUUGAAAGCAUUAAGUCAGUCCCCGGUAGUGAAGUGUACUCUAUGGGGAAGUGUGUGAUGCAGUAAGUCUGGACUGCUGGUUGUAAUAUUUUGGGCUCUACGUUGUUGCUAUACAGACACACUCAGGAUAAAUGUUCUCCUAGACGUUUAUUUUCAUACAGGAGGAACAAUGAUGUGAACUGUGUCAACUAACCGAACCGCUGCUAGACGUCCGUGCUCUGGUUACGUCCGAGAUGCAGAUAUCCACUAUAGAGCUGUUUUGCUUUUCAGAAGGAUGUAGCUGCAGCAUUGCCUGUUGUCGUAUGUCAUAUUAAUGUGACAUUUUACCUAGAACUUUAAUGUUGUUUCCGAUUAUUUCAAAUAUACUCUAGGCUCAGUUCUAGCUCCAAAACUAGACAUUGCUUGAUUCAACGUAUCUCUCAUAUCAUGUAUAGCCUACGUUUGUUUAUGGUUGAAUAAAAUCUAAUGACACGUCAAAUAAAUUGGAUCUGAAUGAAUGAGAGGACCGCACUUGUAGCUGACUGAUGAAUAGCCAUGUCCAUGUUGCUUUUCUGUUGCGUUUGUCUGUGCCGUGGUACUGAGUGGAGAACUGGGCCAGUGACUGGGGUGGGCUUAUAAUAGAAAAUGAUACUGUACGUGAAUCAUGAAUCAGCCACUGUAUGUAAAGGCUUCAAGAAUAAAAUCCAUGGAACAAG